AUGGAUCAGGAUAACUAUGUUGGUUUGAACGUUGGAGGAAAGAUCUACCAGGCAUCUCGCUCAACUCUCUUGCAUUUUCCUAACAGUUUCUUUGCUUCAUUAUUGACCGUCAAAGUACCCUCUGCUACAGAUGAUCAUGGGAAUUACCGCAUCGACCAAGACGGCGAGGUAUUCCGUCACGUUCUCAAUUACCUAAGGUAUGGAAAACUAACUUUGCCAGAUGAUUUCAAAGAUUUUGAUCUACUGAAAUGCCAAGCAGAUUUCUUCGGGCUUGAAUCACUGAAGUCGUCUAUUGUUAGACCAGUUCCAGUCGUUGCAGCAGUGGGACUGAGGUUUGAUGAUGGAAAGGUGUUCCACACGACAAGAGAAACCCUGCUGAAAGUCAAAAACUCGUUCUUUACCAAAAUGCUAAAUGGAGAAAUUACCGUCGCAAGAGAUUUUGAGGGAAACUACGUCAUGGAUAGAGAUGGUGGACAGUUCCACUACAUCCUUAAAUUUCUUCGACAAGAUCCCAUCGAUUACAAUAAUGUCAAAGACAUGAGGUCUCUCUUCGAAGAUGCUAAAUAUUUCGAACUUAAACAAAUGGAAAACACUGUUUAUUCAUAUAUUCGCUAA